AUGGCUUCUCGGCCGGUCGUGGGACAAUCUUCCCCGACUCGGACGGAUGCAUCGGCCGUGGUACGGGAACGGGUUGCACGGCCGCGAGGCCUUGUUCCCCGGUCGCGCGGCAUGGUCGUGUGCGUCGCGGCGUGGAGCGUUUGUAGCUUGGCCGACCGCGGGACAAUGUUCCCCGGGUCGUGUUGCGUGAUCGGCCGGUCGGUUUCGAACUUUGGCCGAGACUUCAGAAGGACGGAUGUGACUUUGGCCGAGCGCGAAACAAUAGUUUCUCGGCCAACCGGUCUGUGCGGUUGGGCACUGAUUCUUGAUAAGGCCGUCUAG